AUAGCGGGUUACUCAGUUGUAAUGAAUUAUAAGACUCUUGCUUCUUUCAUGUUUUAAUUUAACUUGUUUAUCAAUGAAAAAAAAGUGAUUUCAUACAUCGAAUCGAUAGCUUUGAUCAAAAUCAUUUUUCCAAAAAUCUUCCAAGUCAUCAGAUGUAUUCUGGACAUUUCAACAAAUCAAAUCAACUGAAUACUUUCAAUGGUAAUUUUUUUUAGCAUACCUUAGUUCAAUUAACUAAAUUUUAUAGUUUAUGCAGAAGCCCGUAGCUUAUUGAAUGAAUGGAUGAUUAAAAAUACUUUGGACAUUGAAGAUUUACAUAGCGGGACUGAUGAUUUUAAGCCAAUUACUCCUAGUCGAAAAGAAAUUAAAAGAGAAUGGGACCAUCUAUUUAAAGACAACAAUCUGAAGAAUGACUUUUCAGAUGACUAUGAAGUUGAUAAUCACUUGAAAAAUAAUCACUUUACAGAACAUAAUUCUAAAGACUUAGAUUUACCCCACAUUGGUUAUACACGCCAACGUCAGUCUACAUUGGAAAAAAUUCUCUUACGUCAAGAAGAGGCUAAAGCACGACGCGAACUACGACAAAAAGAAUUAGAAUCUCGUCGUAUUCUUGAAGCUACUAAUCGUCAAAUAAAAGCACAAAUUUUGUACAAAGCAAAACAGAACAGUUCAUCCACAUCCAUCCGUUACACUUCUAUAAAUCUUGAAGAUCUUAUGACCUUAUAUCCUAAAGAUAGUUUACGCUACGGAUUUAAAUGA